UUUUACCCAAGUCAUAUUUCUUCUAAAUUUUUAAUUAGUUUCUUUAUUCCUACACAAAGAGCAAUGGCUAAAUCAACUGUCUCUCCCCCAGUUUUCUUCUAUCUUCUGCUCCUUUUGUCAUUUGACUCUGAGAUCUUGCUGAAGUUGGCCAAGGGGCAGAGCAAAACAUGGUGUGUUGCAAAGCCAUCCACCGACGAUGCAGCACUGGUUUCCAACAUAGAGUCAGCCUGUAAUUAUCUUGGAACCCGGGGAUUAAACUGCACCCAGAUACAGCCAGGUGGAGCAUGCUACGAUCCCGAAACUCUCAUCAACCAUGCCUCGGUCGUCAUGAAUUCUUACUACCAAGACAAUGGUGGUCAGGAACAUGCAUGUCACUUCACUAACUCCGGUCUCAUCACUGUAUCCAAUCCAAGCUAUGGAAAUUGCCAGUAUGCGUGACUGAGGGGUGAUGAUAUGGAAGACGUGUUUUCCUGGGUGUCGUCUGUAAUAAAUGUUGCUAAAGUCUCCGUGCACUUAUUUUUCCACCAAAAUUUGCUUUCUUUCUGUAGGGGAUUGGAUUCCAUAUAGUAUGUUUUAAUGGACUAAAGGGUUGUUAUGUUU